AUGGAUCCAGGACCAGGGGAGGACCCGAUGCAUCUUUAUCAGGUUUUUCAGAGUAGUUUCAAUAAGAUUGCAGUUAACCAGGGUACAGCAGCUCCUAAGGGUUAUGAUGGUUGGGGGCAGCAAACCCACCAACAUCAGCAGCAUCUUCAACAAGAGCAGCAGUACUCAGACCUAGAAUACAAUAAAGGAUAUAUCCAAGGAUAUGAUGGAUAUUAUCUUCAGGAUGGAUAUUAUCAAAACCAGAUCUCCCAACCUUCUCCUCAUCCGUCCUCCGUAUCCUCACAGUAUACUAUGCUCCAGUCUCCUAUAGAGGAGGUUUCUAACCCAGUCUGGUCUCCUCCACCCUCCAGCCUCAGCUGUACUCCAUCAUCACUAUCAUGUCCCCCAUGUCCUCCUUCCACCCUCCCCUGUCCUCCCUCCACCCUCCCAUGUCCUCCGACCUCUGUUCCCUGUCCUCCUCUAACUUGUGCUUCGUCCUAUGAGCGUGUAAAGCCUGACCCAGACUCUGUAUUUACUGGUUUAGAUGAUGCUCUUAAUAUUCUUAAAUCCCACGCAGAACCCUUCACAGAUCCAGGUAUAGUUGACCCAGCUUAUACUGCUGCUGGCCCACCCCCUCCCCUUCUCCCCCCGCCAAACAUGAAACGGAAAAUUAUGGAAGAAUUCUUCCCAAUGUCCCCGUAUGACAGUGAGCCCUCCUCCCCCCUUCCUCGAGUCAGCUCCUCCUCCACCCAACGAGGGGGGAAACGAAGAAAAAAUGCAAACUCGAGUGAUGACGAUGGAAGCAUCGAUCCCGAGACGAAAGGCCAUCGUGACAAGGAUCGGAGAUACUCCAACAAUGCGCGUGAGCGGAUGAGAAUUAGAGACAUCAACGACGCGCUGAACGAGUUGGGUCGCGUGUGCAUGAUGCUAAAAUCUAACAAGGGGGAUAAACCCCAGACAAAGCUUGGUGUUCUCAAUAUGGCAGUAGAUGUUAUCAAUACUUUAGAAUCACAAGUUCGAGAAAGAAAUUUAAACCCAACUACAGUUUGUAUGAACCGACCCCCUGGGCUCAAUCCUCCCACCGGACCUUGA